AUGGGAUGGGAAAGUCGGGUCUCCGAGGGUUUAGUUGCUGAUCUCGAGCUGUUGGAGCUUGAGGAUACUACCGCGACCUCUGGAGUGAGAGAUACGAUUGCUGUGAUUGCUAGCGGGGGCACCGGAAUUGUAAGACGGCUACAUGGCAACACUGGAAAGUCCGUGUGGGAAUUCAAGGAUGCAAGCGGUGACGUUCCGUUCCAGGUGUCGUCUUCCUCCACGGAAAUCUUCUAUAUUUCACUCCAGUCGGCUAUGUUGAAGGGCUUCAAGAUCAAGGUCACUGUUUUGGAUCCAUUGACUGGGCGACAGACUCGUCAACAGAUUCUUAACUCUGAGGCUGAUGUGGCUACCCCGGAGUCCGUCCUUUAUGUGGGCGCUAAUUCCGCCUCGCCUAUCAUUGUCUGGGCCGACAAAUCGCAAAAGUCCCUAAAGGUCAAUGUCAUUGGUACCAAGGAGAUCACCUCUAUCGCCAUUGACAAUACCUCCGGCUCCGAAAUCCGACAGAUCACAGUCCACGCUCCCCACAAGCUUAACGCUCUGCCCCAUUUCUUGGUCCACUUUGCAACCGAGGCCGGAGCUUGGGCUGAGGUUUACCACGUGGACUUGAUGUCUGCUAAGGUCACCAAGGCUUACCAGCUGCCGUAUCUGCCCGGCCAGUCGGCGGUCGCAGCCAGUGUCAUUGACGCUAACGUCUAUUUCACUCGAAUCACGGACUUGGAGGCUGUUGUUGUAUCAUCCGUCUCUCAUGGGAUUCUGGGACGAUGGGAUCUGCAGAAGCCUUCUUCUGACAUUGCCCUUCACUCGGUAUCCGAGGUUGUUGCCAAAGGAAAAUCUGUGGCGGUCAGGUCAGCGCUUUUCCGGAAGCACGGGGAUUGGCAACUGAUCCGAAAUGGCCAGAUUGAGUGGACUCGGCACGAGGGUCUCAUUGAUGCUGUCGCAGCUACCUGGGCGGAAACUGACGCCCAAGAGGAUCUAGCUCAUGAGCUGGAGGUCGAGGGCCAUGAGACCUUGUACGGCGCAUACCUUCACCGGGUGAAGCGUCAUGUCCGGGACUUGGAACAUCUACCUGACUGGCUGAAGGAUCUUCCUAAGCGCAUUCUGAGCAGUAUCUUGACCGACGAAGUGUCCAACCUGGACAGCUUUGGAGUUGCCAAAUCAGUUAUUGUCGCCACCAAGAACGGCCGUGUAUACGCCUUGGAUACUGGCAACCACGGCGCCGUUUCGUGGGGCAUCCAGGCAGUGGAGACAUCACAGUGGAAUGUGAAGGCCAUUUUGACUUCGCCAGGAGUCGCGACCAUCUACAACGACGACGGAAGCUCUGUGACUGUGGAUGUGUCGACUGGAGAGAUCGUUUCCCGCAUCGAACCAUCUAACAGCAAACUCCACUCAAUUGCUGUCUUCGAGGCGCAGGAUGGAAGUUCGCUGACCACCGUCGGUGUCCGUGAAGACGGUACUCCAGUCACUGCAUUUGCCAACGAAGAUGGGUUCUUGGUAACCACCAGCAUUGAUGGCCGAGUCCUCGGCUGGGUUGCAAAGGAUAACAAGACUCCAGUGUGGGAGUUUGUUCCUCCCUCCGGAGAGAAGGUCGUCAAAGCGACCGCUCGCCCUGCGCAUGAUCCUGUUGCGUCUAUCGGCAGGGUCCUUGGAAACCGCUCGGUCCUUUACAAGUACCUUAACCCCAACCUCGCCCUGGUGACUGCAGUGAACAAGCAGACCCACACCGCCAGUUUCUACCUGUUGGACGGAGUCUCAGGCAACGUCCUUCACGCAUCCACCCAAGCUGGCGUGGACUCCACGCAACCCAUCGCAUCCGUGAUGUCCGAGAACUGGUUCGCCUACUCAUUCUGGGGCGAUGUUGACGCCAGCGAGUCCUCCGCCAAGGGCUACCAACUGGUCAUCUCGGAGCUCUACGAAUCUCCUUUGCCCAACGACCGUGGUCUCCUUGACUCUGCUACCAACUACUCCAGCACGGCCACCCUCCCGUUGCCCCACGUCAUCUCCCAGGCCUUCAUGAUCCCCGAAUCCAUCUCCCACAUGGCCGUCACUCAAACGCGCCAGGGCAUCACCACCCGCCAGCUUCUCUGCACUCUCCCCUCUUCCAACUCCAUUGUCGGCAUCCCUCGCCCCGUACUCGAUCCCCGCCGCCCUGUUGACCGUGACCCCACCACGGCCGAGGCCGAAGAAGGCCUGUUCCGCUACGCCCCCUAUCUCGACUUCGACGGCAAAUGGUACCUCUCGCACACGCGCGAUGUCGCCGGCAUCAAGGCCGUGCUCUCUCGCCCUACCCUAUUGGAAAGUACCAGUCUUAUCUUUGCUUAUGGAAGCGAUAUCUACGGUACCCGAGCCACGCCCAGCCAGGCAUUUGAUAUCCUUGGCAAGAGCUUCUCUAAGCUGCAGCUCGUUCUCACUGUGGUGGCACUCGGAGUGGGUGUCGCCGUUUUGGCUCCGAUGACUCGGAGGAAGCAAGUUAAUGCCCUGUGGAGGGCUUAGGCCUUCUAGGCUGAUAUGCCAGAUAUCACGUUGUGCUUUAGACUGUAAUACAUAUGUU